CCUCGGGCAAGUGGGCGAAGGGAGUGGGGGACGACUGCCGCCAGCCUAAGGCCAAGGAAUUGAAAGGGCUCUAGGGGGAGGCAGUGCGAGCCAGCCCCGACUGCCCCUCCUCUUCCUCCUCCUCCUCCUCCAAACUCGCUGGGUUCAGCCCCAGCGCUCGCUCAGCCGCCGGGAGCACCCGGAGGGACGGGAGGCAGCCGCGCGGCCCGGAGCUGGGCAGGGUCCCCAGCCGCCAUGGAUAGCGACGACGAGAUGGUGGAGGAGGCGGUGGAAGGGCACCUGGAUGAUGAUGGAUUACCUCACGGGUUCUGCACAGUUACCUACUCCUCCACGGACAGAUUUGAGGGGAACUUUGUUCAUGGAGAAAAGAACGGACGGGGCAAGUUCUUCUUCUUUGAUGGCAGCACCCUGGAGGGGUACUAUGUGGAUGAUGCCCUGCAGGGCCAGGGGGUUUACACUUACGAGGACGGGGGAGUUCUCCAGGGCACUUAUAUAGACGGAGAGCUGAAUGGUCCGGCCCAGGAAUAUGACACAGAUGGGAGACUGAUCUUCAAAGGGCAGUAUAAAGAUAACAUUCGGCAUGGAGUGUGCUGGAUCUAUUACCCAGAUGGAGGCAGCCUGGUAGGAGAAGUGAAUGAAGAUGGGGAGAUGACUGGAGAGAAGAUAGCCUAUGUAUACCCUGAUGAGAGGACUGCCCUUUAUGGGAAAUUUAUUGACGGAGAGAUGAUAGAAGGAAAACUGGCUGCCCUCAUGUCCACUGAGGAGGGAAGGCCUCACUUUGAACUGAUGCCUGGAAGUUCAGUGUACCACUUCGAUAAGUCGACUUCAUCUUGCAUUUCUACCAAUGCUCUUCUUCCAGAUCCAUAUGAAUCAGAGAGGGUUUAUGUUGCUGAAUCUCUCAUUUCCAGUGCUGGAGAAGGGCUGUUUUCAAAGGUAGCAGUGGGGCCUAAUACUGUUAUGUCUUUUUAUAAUGGAGUCCGAAUUACACACCAAGAGGUUGACGGCAGAGACUGGGCCCUGAACGGGAACACCCUCUCCCUCGAUGAAGAAACCGUCAUUGAUGUGCCUGCACCCUACAGCCACGUGUCCAAGUACUGUGCCUCCUUGGGACACAAGGCGAAUCACUCCUUCACCCCAAACUGUAUCUAUGAUAUGUUUGUCCACCCCCGUUUUGGGCCCAUCAAAUGCAUCCGCACACUCCGCGCUGUGGAAGCUGACGAGGAGCUCACCGUUGCCUACGGCUAUGACCACAGCCCCCCUGGGCAGAGCGGACCUGAAGCCCCCGAGUGGUACCAGGUGGAGCUGAAGGCCUUCCAGGCCACCCAGCAGAAGUGAAAGGCCUGGCUCUGGGCUUCGGAGACCUGGGACAGAAACUUGGAUCUAUGCACUACGUUUAUCUGACAAGGGACAACCAGGGACUGCUCAUGCUGUGACGUCACAUCCUCUCCGCGUUAGCAACGACUUUCUAGCAUACUAACUAGGUUUGACUCUAUUACUCAUACCAGAUUAAAAUUAGCUAGCCUUGCAACAAUGUCCUACUGUGAGGGACUGUAGAGCACUUGACAUAAAUCAGCCUGAUGUUCUUGGGUGGUUCCAGGCUAAAUCUGUACCACCUUCAGAGAUGCCAAAUGACUGGACUGAAAAAGGGAAAAGGGGGUUUUCAGCCAUUUCUAGUCAGUGAUUUUUCCAUGAUGUUUUUCCUAUGGCCAAUGCAAAGUGUGUUAUCACACUUGGAUGUGUGCCAUGUGGAGGAUAGAGAAGUACUACAUUUUUAUUCUCUAAAUGUAGUAUAAUUUGCCUUUUAACCUUUGAUCUGUAUCCUGCAAUAGAAUGGCUUUGUUUUUUCCUAGCAAACAGCGCUCCAUUUUUUGAGUCAUGUGAUUCACCCCUUGGUCCUAUUCUCUAUAUUAGGUAUCUUUUACAAGAGAAAAUUUCCAAAUGGAUUUCAUGUCAGUGCCACUGUGUAGGUCUCUCUGGUUCUUUCUGUAUCAUUGUUUCAUUAUUAUGUCCUAAUAUAAAGAACUGGCUCAUAGGGCCAGGGUAUUAUUACAGAAUUAUUACUCUCGCAUGUAAACAAAGAUAUCUUUGCUUUAAGAUGUGAGAAGAAGUGAAUUUUCUCUGUUUGCAUUAAGUUAUGGAAGAGUUGUAAUAUAUACUUUAAAAAAGAAAAGAGGGAAAUUAGUAUUUCUAAGCAGUAAUUGCAACAAUUUUGCAAUAUCUUCAAAAUAUUUGUGCAGUAAUUUUUUUUUUCUCCCUGGGUACACAUUAAAUCUACAUAACAUAGAGCAGUCUGGCUUUUGGCAAAGUGCAUUGAAUUCAAAAGUCAAAUAACAAACUUGAAUUCUAACAGAAUUCAAAUUCGGGGUUUUUUUUUUUUUUUUUAGUCGCUGCUAUUAAGAGAGACAUACUGAUCACUAGGUACAAAUCAAACCUUAAUGCUAAAACUAUUCAUCGUAUUUCAAGGCACUCACCUGCUUCCAAGCAUUGUGAAUGAAAAGUAACACCUGUAGAGUUUAAAAGCCAUGAUGCCUGUAGCAUUUCAGACAUUUUGCAAGCCAUGUGUAAUCACAACUGCAGAAAUAAGGAGAAAAACCCUAUUUUUUAGUUUAGCUAGCUAGGUAUGUAAUGGAACUGGGAUUGCUCUGAAUGAAUCCUUGGGGAUCCUGCAGGGAGUUUGGGGGUUUUGUAAGCACCCUCCCCACAUGCCAUAGCCAUGUCCUUUGGAUGCCUCAGUGAUGUAACUGGGAGGGCUGAAGAGAGGCAGCUGCUCUGACCCACAACUGUCAGCGGGGCCACCUAUCACCUGAGCCAGUUUGGGCUUUGAAAGAGAGAAAGCCUUCCAAGCUAUAGCUGAUAGUGAAUGCUGGCUGAGUAGAGAAGGCUUGCUGGGAGUAAUAGAAGAGGAAAGACAGGCAGAAGGAAGUUUGCUAUUUCUUUUCCAUUACACAUUACUCUUAGGAAGAAUUUAACAAAAGUGCUUGAUCCUGAGCUGCUCACACUUCCAGUUCAGGUGGCUCCUGGGCCCAGGAUUCAGACCUCAAGACAGAAGCAGCCCAUCCCUUCUCUGCAAGACCAGGCAGGCUUCCUGGAGCUCCCCUGUGCUCAGCAGUUCCAGAGCAGGUGGCCCAGCAAGCCGUGCAGCUAGGUGGUGGCCAUGAUUUCAGGGAGAUAAGCUGAUGGUUCACACAGGAGAAGUUGUUGGGGCUGCCAGAAAGGUCUGCCACAAAGGGAACUGAAUAGAGUUUUUAGAUUAAAGGCACCAGGAUAGGAAAGCUUCUAUUGUGUAGAAAGAGACCAUUCUAUAAACUGUGACAGAUGGGCAGAGUCUUGGGACUUGUAUUCUGAUGGGUGCUUUAAUUCAAACUCAUCCCAGAGUGAGUGACUGUUUCAGGAGAAAGAUGGCUUUAAUUAACCCCAGUCAGCUAGGUUGUGGAGCCAGGGCAGGGGGAGGAGGGUGCAAGUCACACUUCCCAGUGCAGCUACUAUGCUUUGAAUGGUAUCAUUCCUGAGGGUGAUACUGUUUUGGUGAGCUGCAGGGAGUAUAGUUUCUGUCCUAAUGAGUUACUUUAAUUGCCCCAAAUGGAAUUUUUCCUUUCUCUUUCUUUUUUAUAUGUAAGGGAUUGAAGAGUUGUAAGUAGUGAUUAACCAACUAAUCCAUUUGUCAAGUUAGAUAUUGAAUGAAAACAUCAAGUUUAAAACUCAGCAGCGUGUCCAUGACCUUCAGACAAAUCCAAGGAAAUAAUACACCCAAGCUGUGCUUCUCUCAGUCUUUCUCCCUCCUCUCCUCCUCUGUCUUCUGGCUCUUCUUUCUCGUGUCCUAUCUCUUUCCUUUUUCUCUUGUCUGUGGGAAUGCCUGGGAAACAACAUCUCUCCCACUCCUUCCCCUUCUCUCUUUCCCUGUUCUGAGCUUCUCUCCUCUUCCUAGUACCUCUCCCUGGCUUUGUGUGUGCCGGUCAGAGCCCUGAGUCUACCUCUCGUUAGGUACUCUGACUGGCUGGCUCUGUUUCUCCUGCUCUCUCUGCGCCCCCAGUCCGCGCAGGUACGUGCACGCGCGCACACACACACAUACACACAUUCCCAAACGUUAAGGCUUUGUCAUGUGGAAUCAGAGCUGGGCUUGAGAUUCACUGUAUUGUGUAGGUAGGUAAAGAAGUCAAGAGGUUGAAGUUCCAUCAGGAAUUAAUGGGUGAGGAAGUAAAGGCUUAUUCCUUGUUUGAGCCAAAGUCUGAGAGGGGAAGCUUUGGCUGUAUUUUUCUACUGAAUCUUUCCAUCCGCUGUGUGUGGAAGGAAGCAUGGCAGAAAACACCCAAUCUGGGAGUUUCUGCAGCGUAGUAAUCACACCAGAUGUGGGAAGAUUCCACGUGGUGGGUAAGAAGUAACUUCAUGCUCUCCCAAAACAUGGCUGAUCCUGGGGGUGUGCAUGACGCCAGUCUCAGGAGAUUCACGCAGAGCUGUCUCAGUCCAACUCUUGCAUGCCUAGAUCUUUCCUUAGCAGCUUUUCUAUGAUGAAAUAUUAUCUUGUGUUAGAGCUAGGAAUAGGAACUAAUCUGUAAGAAUAUGUCCCCAAAUGGACAUUUGAAUGGACUAACAGAAACAACUGUCAGGGCUGAAUUUCCUACACAAAGGAAUGACCAGUAAAAAGCAACAGGCAAGGCAGACUUGAGUUUUGUAGCACCUGUUCUUAGUUGACCUGCCUCAGCCCGGGGCUACCUGAGAAAUAAAGAGGGAAAUUGGUUUUUCAAGAUCUCUUUGAACCUGUCUGGGGCUGUAAUUAAACUUGUUUACCCUCGGGAGGGUUCUUCACACUUGAAAAACGUUACUUAUCACCAACGACCUGGAAAGGCCACCAUGAAGGCAAGUGUAACCAUUUACAACAUUUGAUUGUAACUAUUACAAUUGCAGUAACUGUGAACAGCGUUGUCUUCUCAGUGAGACAGUAUGUGGCACUUUAGAAACUUUCCUUUAAUAUAUAAAAUUUUAAAUCACUGCAAAAUGCAUUUAAGAUCUUCCAAGAAAGUAGUUUUGCUUUACUUUAUUUUAAAACAGUUGCCUCAAGUUUCUGUCUUAAGAGUAGUGAUUUAGAAUCCAGGCAUCUUUUAUUUUAGAAAAACAAGCAAAACUGUGUUGCCAGACUGAUAGUUGUAAUGUUUACUUGCCACAGAUCAAAGGUUCACAAAAUAUAUCAAAUUUACAUCUACCUGAUGUACUCUGGUAGGUUGUUCUUUCUGUAAUCUUUCCCUUUAGGAAUUUGGAUCCUCGGAAUCAGUUUUUCAUUUUUAAAAAACUAAAUUUUAAGUUUUAUUUUGCCAAAUGUGUGCUUACAUAUUCAAAGCAAUGAAACUAUUUCAAGCCAUACAACCACAGGGGUGGAAACCCUUUUCACAAAUUUUAAUGUGUUUGUAUGUAAAUAGAUGUUUGUAUGAAAUAUUUUCAUGGUAGAAUGAAUAUAUUUAAAUGAAGUUGAGUUAUUCCAGUGCUAUUUAAACAAAUUACAAAAUUUUUGGUGAGAAUUAUGAGUCUAUUGAGAUACAAUGCAGAUCAAUUUUGAUUUUUAAAAAUCAAAAGCCUACAAAUCACUCUGACUCAUGGCAACUUCCCUGUGUUGUUGCACCUGACAUGGAGAGAGCGUGUAGGCUUCCCCAGUGCCUCAGCCACUUCCUGGUGUGAGUUAGGUGCUCGUGGAGGUGUGUGUCCACCUUUUAGCGACAUCACUCUGGGCCUUCGGGGGCCAAGGAGUGAAUUAGAGGCAUUAGAGACACUGGUGCAGUUAUCCAGAGCACAUUUCUUUGCAGGGCAGCAGAAUCAGAAGCCAGAUGUGGCCAUGUGACCCUUGGAAAUGGGUUUGCUGGCCGCCAUCAACCGCCACCCUUACUGCCUAGUCACACGUGUCAGGGAGGCUGCCCACAGUGGAGUUGGGGUUCAGACCCCAGGGUGGGACUUCACGGUUUUGCCAGCAGGCCUGCCUCCUGACCUUCACCUCAUAGAGAGGAAGGAGGAGGGAGCAGCUGGCAAGGGGCCCGUUUCUCAGCACAGUGCAUUUCCUGUCUCAGCUCUGGGAGACUAUGCACUGAAGCAUCCAAUUUCCAACCAGAGAGAGACGUCCUCAGAUAAGGCAAAUCCUUGCUUCCUCUGUCUGUGACUUUACACACACCAUUGUUAGAAGUCGUUUUAAUAUCAAGACCAAUCACAUCCCUAGGACAUACCUCCCAACUCUCCUGAUAUCACUAGAACACUCCUUUAUAAUGACAUUCAACUUGAGAGGGUUGGGUUUUUUUUCCAUUUUGGUCCUGGAUAUAAUGAAAUGAUAAAUAUUAUGACAAAUUUUCACUGUGUAUACUAGCAAUAUGUACACACAUGCCAAUGUAUCUUAACAUAUCACCUUGGUUACAUUUUAGGUCACUAUAAUUAUAGUGUGAAUUCAUGUGUUGGGGAAUUUCAGGGACUUUGUAAUGCCUGCUUAUCAUGGAAGGAAUUAGGUUGACGGUUCUGUGCUCCCUACUUCAAAAGUUUUCCUCCUGGGUUUUCUAUGUUCCUUUUUCUCCUGAAAUGCAUUUAUUAGGUUGUGAGGUAUGUUUAAGGAUUGUAAGCCAGGGGUAUGCUUUCAGCAUUUAUUGCAACCAAAAGUAACCCCAUCACAGUUAAUGAGCAUCUUUGAUUGGUCUUUUGUGGAAUUUGAACUAAAUCUCUGAGCCUUAUUCAAUAUCUAUAAUUCUAUGAUUUUUUUAAAUUAUGGGAAAUUAAUGAGAGAUGUUUACAUGAAAAAUGUUUGCCCUUGCUGUGUGAUGAAUGAGUUUUUUGUAGUGUGUCUGGGUGCAUGUGCAAGAGAGUAGGGAAAAUGUUUCUGAAACAAAACUUGACAAAUAUUUGUAAUGAAAGUAAAUUUAAAGAUUGCUAUAAUUGCGCUAUAGAAACAAUGCAAGUAUUAAACAAAAUAUACAAUCA